CGAGUACCGACCAAAAGUUGUUCUACACCGAAACGAAAACCGAAGUGAAGUGAAUUAAAUUUUGACGAGUAUUUCCGAAAUAAUUUUUAUCAGUGAAAUAUGGAGAUGAGCAAAGAAGUUUGUACUGAUAUUGGAAGCUGUUGCAAAGACGCAAAAUGCUGUCCAGACGGAAAUUGCUGUUCAACUGAAACCUGUACUUGCAAAGACUGCAAGUGCAAAACUGACAAGAAAUGCUGCAGUUGCUGUUGCUUCAACGGAAAAUGCUGUCCGGAAGGUGAUUGCUGCGAAGCCAAUUGCACUUGCAAGGAUUGCGAGUGCAAGGAAGACGUCAAUUGCUGUUGCCAAAACGGUAAAUGCUGUCCGGAAGGAAACUGCUGCUCCAAUCAAGCCAAGACUUGUGCUUGCAAAGACUGCAAGUGCAAAACCGAUAAGGAUUGUUGCAGUUGCUGUUGCAUUAAUGGCAAAUGCUGUUCAGAAGGAAAUUGCUGCUCUGCACGAGAAAAGUGCGUUUGCAAGGAUUGCAAGUGUAAAAAUUCCAAAGCUGAUUCUUGCUGUGUUGACUUGAAAGAUUGCAAAAUUACCUGCAGUGUGACUUGUGUUGGCAAGGACUGCAAAUGCAAGCCAGAUUGUUGCAAAGAAGGCAAAUGCUGCCCAAAAGGAGAUUGUUGCUCUGAAGGCAAAGAAUGUGUUUGCAAGGAUUGCAAGUGCAAUCCAGAUUGUUGCAAAGAUGGCAAAUGCUGUCCAAAAGGAGAUUGUUGCUCUGAGGGAAAAGAAUGCGCCUGCAAGGAUUGCAAAUGCAAAAAUUCCAAAACUGAUUCUUGCAAAAUUACCUGCAGCGUAACUUGCUAUUGCAAAUGUAAUGCUAAAUGUUGCAAAGAAGGAGAAAAGUGUGUUUGCAAGGAUUGUUGCAACGAAGGCAAAUGCUGUCCGAAAGGAGAUUGUUGCUCUGAAGGAAAAGAGUGCGUCUGCAAGGAUUGCAAAUGCAAAACCGAUUCAAAAGAAGAAAAGUGCUGCUCCAAACCAAAACAAUGCAAAUCUGGGGAAACCACUGAAGACAAAAAAUGCAAAACUGGAAAGUGUUGCUAAAAAAUCAAAUUAUCAAUAUUAAUUAUUUAUCCUUUAUAUCAAUCAUUUUAAUCAUUAUUAUGUAUUAAUCAAAAACACUAUUUGUCCAUGUAAUAUUUAUAUAUUAUUCCUAAAUAUACACAAGCAAAAACAAACAAAAUCUUUGGUUAUUUAUAUGACUAGAUAAAGUGCAAUAGGAAAAAAAUCACAAAGUGGCUAAAAUAAGAAAAAAUAUUAUGGAAUGAUUAUUUGUAUAUUCUUAUUAUGCUCUGUCUCCAGCCAAAUUAUUCUCCAAAACCCCAUUGGCUAAAGGAUCGAGUUCGGCAAACAAGCUCAGCCAAUUCAUUUGACUUUCUGUUUUAUCCGGAACCUUCUUUUGCACAGUUUCUUCUUUUUUAUUCAAUGUAAAAGUGUCUUGCUGCAUUAAACUGGAAGGCAUACCCAAAAGAUCAGCCAAAGCGUCUGAUGGAAAAUUGAAAUCUAAUAAUGCAGAGCUCGGUUUGGAUUGGUCGAUUUCUUGGGGGUUUGGAGGUUCAGGCGCGAAAUCGUCUCCUAGUAGGUUUGUGGUUGAAGCAUCUUGUUG